CCCUCUCGCAAAUGAGCUGUUUCCGAAGCUGUUUCCGAAGUGGAGGAGCAGAGCGACGUUUCAGAGAUGUUGUCCUGUUUCGUCUGGCUCACCCUUCCCGACUUGGUUAACGCCUUUGUGAUCUCGGGGAAGUUGCCCCUCAAUGGGAGCCUGGAGAAGACUUUUGUAAUCCCGAACAUCUCGGGUUUCUUUUCCUGGGAUAAUGACAGCCUGGCCGACUGGCAGAGCUUUGUGGACAGGAGCCGGUACGGAGCGGAGUCACAGAGCAUCACGGUGAAAGCCCUGCUCAUUGUGGCGUACUCGUUCAUCAUUGUCUUCUCCCUCUUUGGCAACGUUCUGGUCUGUCACGUUGUCAUCAAGACGAAGCGGAUGCACUCUGCCACCAGCUUGUUCAUUGUGAACCUGGCUGUAGCUGAUAUCAUGAUCACCCUCCUCAACACACCUUUUACAUUGGCUCGUUUUGUGAACAGCACUUGGAUAUUUGGGAAGGGGAUGUGCCAUGUGAGUAGGUUUGCGCAGUACUGCUCCCUCCAUGUCUCUACCUUGACCCUCACAGCCAUUGCUGUGGACAGGCACCAGGUUAUAAUGCACCCUCUGAAACCUCGCAUAUCUACUGGAAAAGGUGUUAUCUACAUCUCUGUAAUCUGGAUCAUGGCAGCUUGUUUUUCCUUACCACAUGCUAUCUAUCAGAAGCUCUUUACCUUUGAAUACAGUGAGGAGGUUACCCGGUGCCUGUGUCUGCCAGACUUCCCUGAGCCUGCUGACCUCUUUUGGAAGUACCUUGACUUAACAACCUUCAUUUUGCUCUACGUCCUACCCCUUCUGAUCAUCUCUGCUGCCUACGUGACAGUGGCAAAGAAACUCUGGCUGCGCAAUGUCAUCGGGGAUGUCACCACUGAACAGUAUUUCGUCCUCCGCAAAAAGAACAAGAAGACCAUCAAGAUGCUGAUGCUUGUUGUCAUCCUCUUUGCAGUUUGCUGGUUUCCCUUGAAUUGCUACGUUGUCCUCCUCUCCAGCCAGACCAUCCACACCAACAACGCCCUGUACUUUGUCUUCCACUGGUUUGCAAUGAGCAGCACCUGCUACAACCCCUUCAUCUACUGCUGGCUCAAUGACAGCUUCCGAUCAGAACUGAAGGCUUUGCUCAGCAUGUGCAGAAAACCUCCCAGGCCCACAGAACAGAGGCUUCCCUCCACGGUCCCAUCCUACCGACUGGCUUGGCCAGAAAAUGGCAACUUCAAGAGAUUGCAGGUCUCCCAUAUCCUUCUGUCAUCCUCCAACAUCCAGUCAGGAAAGACAGACAUCUCUGCAGUGGAGCCAAUAGUAGCUGUGAGCUAAACAAUGGCCCUGGGAAAUCUGUAAGGACUACACAUAGAUUUGGCAAGAGCUAAAAUGGUCUGAAGAUGUGGAGCCCUGUCCUACUUAGGGGCUGUGCAACUACAUGUGAUAAAACCAAGAAGGAGGUUCAGGUUCUCAGGAGGCAAAAUGAAAGAGCUGCAUGUUUGAUGCAGGCUGAUGGCAAAGGUGUGGAGCCCUUAAAUGGGAGAAAGCAAACUCCUCCCAGGAAGGAAAUCUCCUUGUCUUUGUCAAGAUGACUUUGGACUGGCUUACAGUAUGGGACUGUCUGCAUGUAUGUCACUGCUAUCUGCAUGACUAAGCCCUUUUACUACUAGGACUGUGUGUGUGUGUUGCUGGUACUUAAAC